GUUCUUUUGUUAUGUUUGUGAAAACGUCCUAAAUUUUCAAAAAAUGAUACUCAGUGAGUCCGUUAUGUGGUGAAAUUUGUGAUUUUAGUUUUUAUUAAUGAAGCUUUCUAUGAUUGCGCGUUUUUGAAUUAUGGAAAGAGAUGAGGUGGAUGACACGGGUUUCGCUAAUGUUUCUGGGAGUGACAAUCAAGCGUUGAACCCAACAAUUCUCGAAUAUUAUAAGAAGUUUGGAAGGAAGAGAGAUUUGGAACAGUAUUUUUCUUUAUCGACGGCACAGGGUGAGGUUAAGGAUCCUACGAGCUUGUUUUGGAGAAGAAUGAAGUCGCAGACUGAUUCUUCGGACUCUGGUGAGAAAUCCAGGGAAUCUUCCUUGGAAGUGUGUAGAAUUUCGAUUCGAUGUUCUGCACCGGACACUGACGCACCUAGUUCACAGGAUGAGAAUCCAAAAACAAAAAGUGACACGGAAUCACCGCCAAUCAUCAUAGAAGAAGUUCCACCGGACACUACCAGACAUACAGAUGACGAAUAUGCAAAGUCUGAUGACAAUAAUUCUCAGAAAUCACUUGAUGCCGUGCUCGACACGUCAAUGAUAAAGGCGCUGUCACCAUCAAGCAGCAUCACAUCUCAGAGGAAACUUGAAUGGGAUUCAUUAGCAGAUGUUGGUUACGCUAAUGAAAGUGACAAGAAGACUUCAGCAUCCAGCUUGAGCACAUUAGAAAGGCUGGCAUUGAAACAACAAUAUUCCAACAAUGAUUCCAAAGAAGAAAAUCUUAUGGGAAACCCUACAGCACACUCCACGCCUGUUGAUGAUAAUGAUAAACCCAAAGGCAAAAGAGGCUCUAAAACUACAAAAAUAUAUCGACGGGAUGUGGAAUUCGUCGAAUUUAACAUGCCACACAGUUCAAAUGCGAAUCUAUCACAGUCAAUUAAUGUCAAUUUAACUAAGCAUAUUUCUUUUAACGUGGAAAAAGAUGGCGGCGUGUCAGUCGAAAAUGUGAAGAAAGAUGUUUCUGUGUCGCCUGAGAAAGCAUCUACAGAAUCAAAGGUGACUGAUGUAAAAAUGGACAAACAAAUACAAACUUCACUGAUCAAAACUAAGGAUGAAUCUAUUGAAGCUCCUAAAUCAUUCCAACUUUAUGGCCAAGCAGUACCUGUAUUGAUAAAUUUGAAUACACUUAAAAAGAGAAUUAGGAAGAAAAAGGUGAGGACUGUAAAGAAGAAAGUUAGAACUAAAAAGAAGUAUAAUCUUGAUAAAGAGAAUUUGCCUGUCCAUGAAAAGAGUGGAGAGCAAGUUUCUGAAGCUGAGAGCUUUGAAUAUAUGCCUGGACAUAUUUAUAAUCAAAACCAAUUGAAUCAGCAACCAGCACAGACAAGCCAAGCUGCUGGCAACAAGUCUAGCUUAGAGUCUAGUGGUGCUGUCACAACAGAUUCAAGUAAGGGAUCAAAGCUCUCUUUUACUAGAGACUUAGAGAAAAGCAUCAAAUUACUUAAAACUGCUUUACAUAAACGCUACAAUGAUUCGGAAUUGAAAGACAAAUUGAUCAAAGAAGUAGUGGAAAGGUUAUUGAAAUCAAGUUAUAGAGAUGACGAAACAACAACAGAUUUUUUAUCUGGUUUGAGUUAUAGCAGUAAGAAGCUGGGAUUGGGAGAGAGUCAUACUACUACAAGCACUUCCGACGCAAACAAUACCGCGGAAAAAAACAAGCGACCAAAGAAAUCUAUUUUGAGGGUUGAUAAGUUCAAUCCUAAUGCUAUUGCGUCUACAUCGCAAAGCGCUCCCAAUAUACCAUCUGUAUCUAACAGUGAGAAACUUGUGGCUUCUCGCCUUGCUAAAGCGUUGACUUCAUCUAACACUGAAUCUGAUGUUUCUAGUAAAGACAAAUCUUCACCUGAUACUGCAUUUGCUAAGACUUCUUCAGAAGAAUUGUACCAGAAAUAUUUAGACGCUUUAAGGAGAGAGAAUGCUUACAAGAAACAUUUGAGAGACAAAGAGCUGUUUUUGAAGCAGAAAUUAGUUAGUUCAGACACAGCUUUCAACAUUCCGGUGUGCCUUGACCCUAAAAGUCAAUCUAGGAUUAAAGAAUUGAUGAAUGACCUGACCAGAAACAAUUAUGAUGAUGGUUCUGGAGAUGCCAGUAAACUAGAAGGUGGUUUAGGAUCGAAUUUGGACCUUCGAUAUGGUGUCCCAAGGAAUCAGAGAAGUCAUUCAGUUUUUACUCUUUCUUCUUCAGGAAAUUCUGAUCCUAAUAGAAAAUCUAACUUAAAAAAAAGUGAAAUGAAAGAUUCGCCUAAAGCGGGUCACAGUAGAGAAGUUAAAGAGGAAAAACAUUAUUGCUGUUGUCCUCAUCAUAAUAAAAUGGGCGUUACAGACAGUUCUGUGCAGGUAAAUAUAAAGUGUGGAAGCGAGAAAACUUCACCAAGACAAGAGAUAGAACCUAAGCCGUGCAGAUGUGGCCAGACAUGCUGUCAGUCAUCCCCGAGGCCUAUAACUCGUAUAGUGUCUGACAACAGCACAGGCGAUAUAAAAUAUGUGUGCUUGUGCAAUAAUAAUGUUGCAGAAAAAGACUCGUCUGAAAAUGUUAUGAUUUACAAGUGUUCCCGUUUGACUAACAAGGGUAUUCAGUCUCAAUGUGCUCCAGCUCUGCAGCCAGACAAAUGCCCAGCAAGAUCACGAAAUAAAUGUGACCACACGAACUUUGCUAAAUUUUCAAAAUGUUCUCAAACUAAUUUAAAAGUGUGCACUGCACCAAUCGACGAAGAUAAAGAAACAGUUUGCAUUCACGAAGCUGUAAGAAUCAUCCAGACUGAUAUUAGUAUUGACCCUAAAAUCUCUGAUCCAAUUCUAUCUGAUAUCAAAAUUGUUAAACCGUGUGACUGUGUGAAGUUAGUUCGAGAACGGUAUAGACAAGUAUCAAAAUCCAGCAUUGCAAGUGACGCUAACGUGCAACCUGACUAUAAUGCUCUCACAAGUUGUCCUUGUAGCGAAGCCUCUGUGGCUACGCCUAGUACUUCUAGCUCUUGUAGUAAAACAAAGGGCGAAAGAUUGAGAGACAACAGGGCAGGGCCUAUUAUAAAAGAGACAGUCGAUGCAGAGAUUCAAUCUACCGUAGAUAUACCUACGGCUGACGCUCAAACCGUUGAAGAUAAUUAUACAAUACCCAUACAAGGUACAAAUAUCGUACUUAAGGUUAGCGUAGGCCCGAAUGCAGUCAGAGUCCUCGAAACCUUAGAAAACGUGGAUUCUGGGGCCAAUAUGAACCCAGUUGAACACAAUAUUGUUAGUGUCUUAAAAAGGAAUAACAAUGCAGUCGCAACUGAUGCUAUUAAUACUGCUGAGAAUGCUACUUGUUUGACCGAGGAAUGUUCUAAAGGCGUUCAGUCCCAAAAUGAUGAUAUUUUUUCUCAAUUCGAUACUAAACAGAGUUUGUUGAGAGCUUUAUUUACUAGUGACGAAUAUCCAAAUCUUCAGAGUACAUCAGCAGUAAACAGUCGUAGGCCGCUACUGAGGGCAAAGACGUCUACAUGCAUUGUUACUACCGCACAAAAAGAUUUCUCUACCGUACCGUCACAACAACAGAAGUCGAUGGAAACUAUGACAGAAAGAAGUAAUACAUAUCCUAAAAGUCAACAACACGUCCAAUUUGAUAGACAGGAAUUGGCUCCAGGUAUGAUCCAACAAAUACCCAUGGGAGUUUUUAGAUUUCAAGGCCCGGAAGGCGUAACAUACGAUAAAUUAUAUAUGAAAGACAGAGAUUCUGAGCCUAAACGAAACAGAAACACGGAAAACCAAACACAAUCUAUUAGCUGUAAUGUUGGUACUAGUCAAAGUGAUAUCGAUGAGAUUACGGAACCUGUAAAACGAAAACCUGUUGAUGAUAAUGAGAAGGAUCAAUGUGGAAUUUCUCGAGGAGUCUCUUGUGGAGAAUCAUCAUACGACUUUUAUCUUAAUUUAGCGGCGCAAGAUUCAAAGAUAAGCAAAUGUUGUUGUCCUCAAGAUAGCCUUUGUCAGUGCGAACGUGGGGAUGUUUCUGUGUGUAGGAACCAAAAAUCUGUUUGUACCGGACCUGAAACACCCCUUCAAACAAUCGAGGAACGAUAUUAUUCUGAAGAUGCUUCUGAGCCUCAUGCUUCGAAAGCUAGUUUGAACCCGUAUGAAGAUAGUAAUAAAAAAACAGUUCUUUGUGGACCAGACUCGUCGCCUUCAACAUCAGCUUUUGUAGAAGCUUAUUCUUUAAACAAAGGCAAGGAAAUUCGUGAUCAGGGAUGUGGAUGUGAUAUAAGUGGUCCUUGUAAAGGAGAAUGCGGGGAGGAUGCUGUAUGUAGACAACGUGAUUUGGAUGUUUAUAAAGGUGAUGCAUCAGGCAAUCAGCGUGCUGGCGUUGAGAUAUAUUUUGCAAAUGAAUAUCCCGAUCGCGCUGCUCCGAAAGAUCUUUACUAUCUAAAAGACAGCGCUCGUAAACAAACCUCUUGUGGUUGUUCCACAAGUGGCCCUUGUAAAGGCGAAUGUGGAGAGGACGCAGCAUGUAGAAAACGAAAAGUGGAAAGCUCCCAUGAUUCAUUGGAUCGUCCUAUUAAUUACCGAGACUCCGAACUCGCUGCUCUAAAAGAUGGUUACUACUCAAAAGAAAGCGCUCGUAAGCAAACCUCUUGUGGUUGUUCUACAAGCGGCCCUUGCAAAGGCGAAUGUGGAGAGGACGCAGCAUGUAGAAAACGAAAAGUGGAAGGCUGCCAUGAUUCUUUGAAUCAUCCUAACUACCGAGAUUCCGAAUUUGCUGCUCUGAGAGAUGCUUACCACUCGAAAGAAAGCGCUCGUAAGCAAACUUCUUGUGGUUGUUCCACAAGUGGCCCUUGCAAAGGUGAAUGUGGAGAGGAUGCAGCAUGUCGAAAACAAAAAAUAGAAGGCUCCCAUGAUUCAUUGAAUGAUCCUAUUAACUACCGAGAUUCCGAAUUUGCUGCUCUGAAAGAUGCUUACUACUCGAAAGAAAGCGCUCGUAAGCAAACUUCUUGUGGUUGUUCCCCAAGUGGCCCUUGCAAAGGUGAAUGUGGAGAGGACGCAGCAUGUAGAAAACGAAAAAUAGAAGGCUCCCAUGUUUCAUUGGAUCGUCCUAUUGAUUACAGAGACUCUGCGGAAAGAGUUUAUCAUACAAAUGAAGGCGCAGACACUGGGUCUGAUUCAUUACACAGGCAACCGGUAAAUGAAGGUAAUCGUUAUGCAAAUACAUAUCCGUACUCUACUAAAACUGGUCACUUUCCUGAUGAUGACAAAGAAACAAAACAAGAAGAUUCCCAUAAUCCAUCGCAUCUUCCUUUUGUUUAUUGUGACUCUGAUAAAGCUAAAGACCAUGCUAUAAAAUCCUCGCGUAGUCAAAAUUUACAACAAAACAUUAUUGGUGAUCAUAAAUCGAAAUAUACUGUUACGGAAAAAAAAGAAAGUGCUUAUAUUGAAACGCAAGUUAAGGGCAAGGGGGAUGAAAAAAAGCCGAAACCAACUAAGGAAAAGUCGGAAAAUAGUAAAGAUCUCAUAAUGAACGUUAUUCAAGACAUAACAAAUCGGUAUUCUAAAAAAUACACCGAAAAGACUCAGCGCAAGAAAUGUUUUAAAGAAAUUAUAUCAUUAUUGAGUUAUUUAUUGGACACGGAAGACAGCACGGAUACAGAGACAAUUAGGGAAAUUAAAAACAUGAUCACUGCAAGUAGCAGUUCGGAACUAGAUUUUGCUUGUCAUUUAAAGAAAGAUAAGACGGAGACUGAAGAUACCGUUAGUGAAUAUGAGAAUAAACGACGUCCAAAAUCUCCCACACAUCGUUCAAAAUCACCUAAAUCUCGACCAACAUCUCCUACUCGCUCGAAACCAUCUAAGUCGCGACCAACAUCACCUACAUCUGAAUGUGCAAAACCACCUAAGUCUCGAGGAUCAUCACCUAGUUGUGCAAAACCACCAAAGUCUCGAUCAACAUCACCUAAGUCUCGACCAAAAUCACCUACUACAAAAGAAAUGAAAUCGGUUGGAACUUCCAAUGAUGCAGAAGAUGUUUUUAUGACAUCCAGUAAUUCUUAUUACCAUGAAACAAAGCGGUUAGUUCAUAAAGGCAUUCAGAUAUCGACAAAAAAAUCGAAAUCUAGUAAAUUCUAUACCGAGUCUUCAGAUGUGCCGAAAUCUACAGACAUUACAUACACAUCUUCGGAUUCAGCGACUUGCAAAGUUCUGAAUAAGAUCAGGAAAGAAUGUGAGAAAUAUCACCAGAAGCGAUGCAAAGCUCAUAAUAAUGCUACGAAGAAAUGUGAGUGUACAAGCACGACUUCCCUAAGUUGCGAUCAGUGUAAGCGCGUGCAUCAUUGUAUAUGUAGAACGCACAAAUGCAAAGGGCAUAGACCGAAGAGCGUCUCUGAGAAACCGAAGAAGAAAUGUGUUGCUUACAAUUUGAUUAUACAGACUUCAGAGAGCAUGAUCAGUGAAGAGACUAAGUUGGACAAAAAUUUGAGGCCUUUGAAAAACAUUAUUGUGAAAGUGCCACCGAAGCGUAGGCCGUUAGAUGAUGUACCACAUAAGCUACUGAGUAGUCCACGGGCUAGUGUAAAGGGGCAGAGAUCCAGGAGUCUUCCCAAUGAGAAUUACGUGUCUAGUACUGACGAUGGUACGAAGACGCAAGUGUUCACCGUUAGAGACUACUUAGAAAAGAAUCGUCCUGACUUCGUCGAUCAAACCAUGCAGCGGCAGAAUUGUUUGAAGAUUUUAAGCGAGGCUAGGGCAAAUGAACGCGCGAUCCAACGUGAACUGUUGUCUAUGCAAGUGCAAAUGGAUGGGGAACCGUCAAUGAAGUCUCUCAGCGAGUCCGACUUGCGGAAACUGGCCCGCAAACUCGGCCUCGAACUACGUCAUAGACAAGUACCGCCAAAAUUUAUCAGUGAACAUGAUAUGAAGAAACACUCCGAGAAAAUAUACAAAAAACUGCCAGAAGUGUUGAAGAAGAAGGAAGAUCUUAAGAAGGAGAAUAUUAAGAAGACCAAUUUGCUGAUGGCCAGUAUAUUUAAAAAGAAUCUCCAGAAGAAAGUCCUGCAUGGUUCGGUGAAUCUCUCCAACUACAGUACAGUUAUAAAGAUUUGACAGUUUACAGUAACGUUGACAAAAUGAAGUGUGUUCAAUUAUUGUAUACUUUGUUGAACUUUGUUUGUAUUUUGAUAGUGUUUAUUGUUAAUGUCGCCUUUUUGACUUUAAAUAAAUAAGAUUAUUAAGAA